UUUUUAUUGUUCCCAUUAAUAAUAUUGUGUCAAAUACAGAAUACCUUGUAAAAAAUGACCUAUUGUUUAAAGAGAUUUCAGUUUAAAACUUUAGGAAAUUGGUACUAGACUUUUAUAUUGGUCAACAGCAAAAUGAACAUUAUUACUCAGCCACCAACACAUGCAGUUUGCCUAUACCAGGGAUCCUGUCAAAAUAUACACCAUUUAUAACUUCUUAAGAGCAGUUAUCAUAGAGCACAGUCCCUGACAUCACACAGCUGCAGAGAUGAAUAAACAAAGAGGAACCUACUCCGAAGUGAGUCUGGCCCAGGACCCAGGGAGGCAGCAAAGGAAACUUAAGGGCAAUAAAAGCUCCAUUUCAGGAACCGAACAGAAAAUAUUCCAAGUAGAAUUAAACCUUCAAAAUGCUUCUUCAGAUCAUCAAGGGAAUGACAAGACAUAUCACUGCAAAGGUUUACUGCCACCUCCAGAGAAGCUCACUGCUGAGGUCCUGGGAAUCAUUUGCAUUGUCCUGAUGGCCACUGUGUUAAAAACAAUAGUUCUUAUUCCUUGUAUUGGAGUACUGGAGCAGAACAAUUUUUCCGUGAAUACAAGAAUCCAGAAAGCAUAUGAUUGUGGCCAUUGUCCUGAGGAGUAGAUUACAUAUUCCAACAGUUGUUAUUACAUUGGUAAGGAAAAAAGAACUUGGGAAGAGAGUUUGCUGACCUGUGCUUCAAAGAACUCUAGUCUGCUUUCUAUAGAUAACGAAGAAGAAAUGCAACUUCUGGGCUCCCUGUCAGUUCUCUCAUGGGUUGGUGUCUCAGCAGUGAGCAGCAGUGAUCAUCCAUGGGUGUCAAUAAAUGGCUCAAUGUUCAAAUUGAAGAUAGCAGAAUCAGAUAUUGGAAAGCAUAACUGUGUAAUGCUGCGCUCAUCUGGCCUUAAAUCACACAGAUGUGGAUCUUCACAACUGUAUACUUGUAAGCAUAAACUUUGGAAUUAAAGCAAGUGAAUUUGGAGUCUGUUCAGGUAAUUUUAAAUUUCAUAAAACGGAAAUAAUAUUUUGAUUGAAAAAGUUUUAAAAUAAAUUACAUAAUUUGUCCCAAUAAUGAAAAAAGUUUUCAAAAUCAGUUAUUGAAAUGUAAUAUGCACACCACUAAGUACAGAUAUCAUUGCUGUUGUGUCUUGCUUUUCUUACUCAACAUCAUAUUUUUGGCAUUCAGUCUUUCUUAAAGUUUCACAGUAUGCAAGUGUGUUUAUAUGAAAUAUCAGUAAUAGGCAAUCGCAUAGAGACAGAAAGUGGAAUAGUGGUUGCUAAUGCCUAAGGGAAGGUUGGAAUAGAAAGUGACUGUUUAUUGUUAACGGUCUCUUUUUGGGAUGAUGGAAACUUCCUAAAUUUCAGUAGUGAUAGUCAUAACUCUGAAUAUACUAAAAGUAACUGACUUAUGCACAUUAAAUGGAUGAAAUGUAUGCUGUAUACAUGACAUCUUAAUAAAGCUAUUUUUUAAAAACUCCUGGAUUUAUAUUUGGGACUGAAUGUGAUAUCUAAAGUAGUGUUUAAAUAUAAGAUUUCUUUAUAACGCUGACUUUUCUAAUCAAUAUCAUGCUGUGUCCUUCAAUAUAUUAGGUUUUCUUUCAUUUCUAUCAGAUUUGAGGGGAUUGAAGUCAUAUAGAAAUACAGGUAUUUCACAUUCAUACUUUUGUAAAUGGCACUUAUUUUUCAAUUUUCUUUAAUAUGUUUUGUUGCUGUAAAUAGGAAUAUAAUUGACGUCUGCAUGAUGAUUGUACAUCCAGUUACUUCACUAAUUUUAUGUGUUAAAUCUCACAUCAAGUAUAGAUUUUUCUGGGUUUUCCAUUUAAACAGCUGUUUAAUAUACAAAUUGUAAUACUUUUCUUUUUAUUUCCAGGUGCUAUGAAUUUUUUUCUGAUAUAUUUUCACUGGUUAGGGAUUCAUUUCUGAUGUUGAAUAGAAGAAACAAAAAAAGUUCUGUGUAUAUUAUAUGUGUCAUUUUCUGUUUGGAGAAAAUAUAUCAACAUUUUAUUUAUGCUUAUGAAUUUUUUAUUACACCUUUCUCAUAUUAAAGCAGUUUUAUCAUAUUCCUGUUUUUCUAAUAGUUUUUAUCAAUUGAUGUCACAUUUCUAUCAUUUUUUAUCAAUUGAAAUGAUACAUCUUUUCUCUGUAUAAUGUUUAUUAAGUAAAUUACCUUCAUUUCUUUCAAAUGUUAGAAAAGUAUUGUGUUUCUGAAACAAGACCCUAUUUAUCAUACUGCAUUGCCCCUUUAAAAAUAAAUCAGUGCAUAUAUUAUAGUUAGAGUAAGAUUUGUUUCUUCAUCUAGGUUCAAAAGAGAUUCAACUGUGUUUUUACAAACUAUGUACAUGAGAAAUUUUGCUAUCAAAGCUAUACUGGGAAGCUUUCCUCUUUCUCUAUAACCUAGAAGUAUUUGUGUAAGGGUAGUUUUAUUUUUAAACGUUAUUAUUCACUAGUGGUUCCGUCUAACUUAUAAAUUAUGUUUUGUAGGAAAGUUUGUAUAACAAACUCAAUUUCUUUAAUAUGUAGAGUUUACUCUGGUUUUUGUUUCUUUUAUUGUGUUUUGGUAAUUUGUAUUUUCUAGGAAUUUUAUUUUGUAGGAUAUUAAAUGUAUUCCUGAUAGAGUUUAAUAUCUGGUAUCUGUAAAAACGAUAACGGUUUCCCCAUGUUUAAUCUAGAAAUAAAAUGUUGAUAUUUUCUAAAACUCUUUCUAUGGUAGGCUCAUCAAUUUUUAAAAGGUCUUUUCAGUAAAAAUACCUGUGGCCUCGCUGAGCUUCUCUCCCGUAAUUGUGUUCUUGUUAUGAUUUUUUACUGUUUAUUCUUUGUGUUUUUCUACUUUACUUAUAUUUAAUUUCCGUUUUUCUGCUUUUAAUCUCAUUUGAUGAGUUCUCAGAUAAUUCAAUUCUACUUUCAUAUUUUACUCUCUCUAUAUAUAUAUAUUUAAGGCAAUUAGUUUUUCACAAGAGAGAAUUUGCUCUAUUUUCUUUGUAAUUCAUAUUAAAAUGUGACCAUCCAUUGUGAUAAUGUCUUUGGCCCAUAAGUUAUUUAGAAAUGUAUUACUGAGUUAAAAUUAUACAGGUUUCCUAAUUUUUAGUUAUUGACCUCUAUAUUAGAUAAACUGUAUAAAGCAGUUUCUGUGAAGCUGGAAAUAUUCUGCGUUUCUGUGUGAAUGUGGCUAGUGUGAGAUAUUGAUUUUAUUUUCUAUUAAUUAAUUUUAUAUUUGAAUAGUUACAUUUCAAGUGUCCAUUGACCAAUGUAGGCUAGUGAUACUGCAUUGAAAUCAUAGUUUAAUAUUUUUAUAUUAAUAUGCUUGGAAACAUGAGAUUAUAGUGUACUUUUGGAAAAUUUCCAUGUGAACUCAAAAACAGAAGUAUCCUGUUAGUAUAUACUGUCUGUACAAGUGUGUGUGAGUUUGGGCAUAUAGGUGAUAGUUAAUAGUGUAGUUCAAAACCUUUUAAAGAUUCACUGGUGUGGCUGUUUGUGUGACAAGCUGUGAGAGAGAAGUGUUAAAACCUCAUUUUUGAUUGUUAACUUGUUCACUUCUUUCAAUUCUAUGUUGAACUUGCAUUAUCAGAUACAUACACAUUAUUUUUAAAAUAUUAUAAUGAUGUAGUAAAUAAAAUUAUUAUUAUGAAACAUGCAUCUUUAUUUUCAAUAAUGACUUUUUCUCUUAUUUUAUGACUUUACGUUAACAAUAGCAGUUUUCUACUGGUUUGUAUUGCAUGAUAUAUUUUUUCAUCUCUUCAUUUUAAUUUUUCUUU